GCGCCGCAAUCAGGGGCAAGUGUUUGAAGCUAUGAAUAUUGCUGCAAUUCAUCGCAUUCCUGUCAUAUUCUGCUGUGAAAAUAACCAAUUUGGUAUGGGCACGAGCAAAGAACGUGCGGCGUACCAGCCUGAAAUGUACCGUCGUGGCGACUACAUUCCGGGCCUUCAGGUGGAUGGCAUGGAUGUACUUGCUGUGCAGGAGGGAACUCGAUGGGCCAAAGAAUGGUGUCUCUCUGGCAAAGGACCCAUUGUGCUUGAGUUUGACUCAUAUCGUUACGUCGGUCAUUCUAUGAGUGACCCUGACAGCCAAUAUCGCAAAAAGAGCGACAUCCAGGAUGUGCGCAAAACUCGUGACUGCAUUCACAAGAUGAAGGAUUUUAUGCUUGGAGAAGGAAUCAUGACGGAUGAAGAGAUGAAGAAACUCGAGAAGGAUGUUAAGAAAGAAGUUGACCAGCAGCUGCUGCCAGCGGAGAAGCAGAACCCUACACCUCGAAGCGAGCUCUUUACUGAUAUUUACAUUGGGGAGCAGUACGAGCAUCGCACGACCCAAGGUACGGUGUAUGCCAAGCCUUGA